CUCAUUCACACACACACACAAACACACGUAUGGGAGACGACUUGGCAUGCUGUGAGCCCAAAUAACCGAUGACAGUGGAGAAAAGAGCAUUUCUUAUGAAUGAGUGUGUCAGAAGUGACUCGGUCAAGCAUCGCUGGAUUGGUUGGAUCCCUAAAGCAGGACUGGUUACAGAAGCUAGUCACUUCGCAUGUAGACCAUAGUGUAGACUGGGGUGUAUGAUUAGAAACUGGGAUCGAGUUCACUCCUGUGUUUGUGCAAAGUAGAACGAAUUGCUACGCGAGGGGCAAAGAGCAAAGUCCAGGGGUCCUGUAAGGUGCUGAGUAUGUCUUUUGCAGUGGUGCGACCAACCCCAAGUCAUUUCCUGUGCUCUGAGAUCAGCAUGCACUCCGAGGACGAUGACAACGGCAGUGAGGGUUCUGGAUCUGAUGACAAGUCCUUCCGAAUGGCUGGCCACGGCUAUGGCGCAUUUAAGUUGGGUGCUCGAAAAAAGAGAUACAGCUGCCGACCUGUAGCAGCUCCCAGCGAGCUCCGUUCUCAGAUCGUGGAGAUACACCAGAGGAACGCGGCGAACGCCCGAGAGCGGGACCGCACGAACAGUGUGAACACAGCGUUCACUGCUCUGAGGACACUCAUACCUACCGAACCAGCUGACAGGAAGCUGUCUAAGAUUGAGACGCUGAGGUUGGCCUCCAGCUACAUCUCGCACCUGGGGAACGUGCUGCUGGUUGGAGAGGAGUGUGGAGACAGCCAACCUUGCCUUAGGAGCUCGGGAGCCGUGUAUCAUCACCUCCACAAUCUUCCAAAGAGCUCGACACCCAGCCCAGACUCAGAAAACUCACAGCCCAAACAGAUCUGCACAUUCUGCCUUAGUAACCAGAGACGACUGAACAAAGACAGAGAAAGAAAAACUGCAUUAAGAAGUUAAUGAGGAGGAGAAGAGAGAGUAAAAGAGCAUUUCCAUCACAUCUGCCUGAAGGAGCGCGCCGGAGCGUAUUAAACAUUUAGUGUAAAUUUGCUGUAAAUAAGCUGUUUAAUUGAAAGCAACACUUCUUAACCAAGUAACAACUUUCUGGUGGAUGGCGUCAUAAUGGACAACUACACUGCAUUCCAGACUUACAUAUUUAGAAGCCAAAAACUAUGUGAAUUUCAUCAUAACCUCUUUUUUGUUUUAUAUAGAGGUGAUAUACUUUUAUACAUACGUGAUAAGAAUGAAGAGGAUGAUUUGUAAUUUAAAAAC